GACAGUCUAAUGCUGUCUUUUGCGAUGUAAAAAACAUGUCAAAAUAAUUUCAAUAUUUUUAAUCAAAAAAAUCGCGACAAAGGGUCAAAGUGCGUUUUUUGUGAGUUUCCUGGCUUUUCUUGAGGUGUGCAGAAGAUAAAAAAUGGGCAAUAAGUCAUCACUACUCCUGCGAGAGGAGGAAAUUGCUCAAAUUCAGGAUGAAACUGGAUUCACACCGAAUCAGAUUGAGCGCCUCUACUCGCGAUUCACAUCCCUGGAUCGCAGCGAUUGCGGAACAUUGUCACGAGAUGACUUCCUGCGUAUUCCAGAGUUGGCAAUAAAUCCCCUCUGUGAUCGCAUUGUGCACGCCUUCUUCGUGGAGAGCAGCGAUGACCGGGUGAACUUCCGACAAUUCAUGACAGUGCUGGCCCGUUUCCGACCCCCCAAGUCCAGUGGGAAGCGCAAUAAGCUGAACAGCCGCACAGAGAAGCUGAGAUUUGCAUUUAAGAUGUACGAUCUGGAUGAUGAUGAUUCCAUCUCUCGCGAUGAGCUCCUCAGCAUCCUGCACAUGAUGGUGGGUGACAACAUCAGUCAGGAUCAGUUGAAUUCCAUUGCAGAGCGAACAAUCGUGGAGGCUGAUCAAAUGGGACAGGGUACGAUCUCCUUUGAGGAUUUCUGCAAGGCCCUGGAGCGAACUGAUGUUGAGCAAAAGAUGUCCAUUAGAUUCCUCAAUUAAUUCCCAUCAUACAGGAAGAAUUUCCUCUCAUAAAUCUUACCAAAAAUGAACAAAUAGGACGGCCUUUUGCAGCUCUCUCACAGCUCGACAAGCUUACUUAAAAAGGACAAAUUACUCACACUGGAGGAUUAAAAUCAUUCCACGAGUGAUUCACAGACAUGUGUCUUAAAAGAAAUUAACAAAAUAAAAGAAUUUAGGGUAGGAAAAAAA